CUUUUUUCGGCACCCGGCUGGCAGAAAAGGCGUCCCCUGUUAAAUCUAUAGCUACACCGGUGAAACUUGCACAGGUUUGACAAUUUCUCUAUAAACAAGUGGAGAAUGUGCUUUCUCAUAUAUGCAACUCUCUUUGGAUUUUUCCUUAAAACAGGGCUUGCUCUGCAAAUCCAGUGCUACCAGUGCGAUGAGAUGAAGCAGCAUGACUGCUCAGCCCCAGAAUUCAUUGUUAACUGCACGGUUAAUGUGCAGGAUAUGUGCCAGAAAGAAGUCCUUGUAAAGGAGAAUGGUGUCCAUUAUCGCAAGUCGUGUGCCUCCUCAGGUGCCUGCCUCAUUGCGUCCUCAGGAUACCAGCAGUUCUGCACUGGAAGGUUGCAUUCUGUUUGCAUAAGCUGCUGUAACACUCCACUUUGCAAUGGCCCGCGGAAGAAGACGCACCUUGUUCCCUCUACAGCACCUCCAGCUUUGAUCCAUAUCUUCAUCCUAAACUUCCACUGGAUUUAUUUCUUAUUGUUGCUCUUGGAAACAUAGAGUGCUUUAAGACUACGUUUGACUGAACUGGAAUUUUUCUUGGCUUUUCUUUUUUUU